UCUGAUUUUUGCAGUUCUUAGUUUUUUGUUAACAUUCUGUCAGUCUAUAUAGAUGGAGAUGUGGUAAUCACCUGCUGAAUAUCAAUAACAGGAUAAAAUGAAGUCAAUCGUUUUGCUUCACAUUAUAUUCUGCUUCGCUAUUCCUUGUGUAUGGACUCUUGCUUCAACCACUUGCGGUGGCGCAUACCAGUCAUGUAAUCUUGGAGAUCCUACUAAACUCAACGUGCAUCUCGUGCCACACACACAUGAUGAUGUUGGAUGGUUGAAAACAGUGGAUCAAUACUUUUAUGGCGCCAAUAAAACAAUACAGAUGGGGGGUGUCCAGUACAUUUUGGAUUCAGUUAUCCCUCAGCUUCUUAAAGAUCCAUCUCGACGAUUUAUUUAUGUUGAAAUGGCAUUUUUCAAACGAUGGUGGGAUGAACAGAGUGAUGAUAUGAGAGAAACUGUCCAAUCUUUAGUGCAGCAAGGACGACUCGAGUUUAUUCUUGGUGGAUGGUGCAUGAAUGAUGAAGCUGCAACUCAUUACAAUGCAAUAAUUGAUCAAAUGUCGCUUGGAUUGCAAUUUCUGAAUGAUACAUUUGGGGUUUGUGCUCGACCACGAGUUGCUUGGCAGAUUGAUCCAUUUGGCCACUCAAGAGAGCAAGCAUCUCUCUUUGCUCAGAUGGGAUUCGAUGGUCUUUUCUUUGGUCGUCUGGACUUUGCUGACAAGGAAUUGAGAUCCAAAAAGAAAAGAAUGGAAGAAAUAUGGAGAGGGAGUGAGAGUUUGGACUCUGCUUCUGCAGAUCUACUGACUGGUGUUAAUGAAAAUGGUUAUGGACCUCCAAAAGGGUUUUGUUUUGAUGAGUAUUGUAGUGAUGAUCCUAUUAUGGAUGAUCCUAAUUUGGAAGAUAAUAAUGUUGAAGACAAAGUGAAAUAUUUUGAAGAUGCAGCUAGACUUCAGGCUGGUCAUUUCAAAACCAACCAUAUAAUGAUGACAAUGGGAUCUGAUUUCCAGUACAGCAACGCUCAUAAAUGGUACAAGAAUCUGGAUAAACUCAUCAAAUAUGUCAAUGCUGCAAAGGAUUCCAACAUAUCUGUGUUCUACUCCACACCAUCAUGUUAUCUAUAUGCUUUGAAUCAAGCAAAUAAAGAAUGGAAUGUUAAAACAGAUGAUUUCUUCCCGUAUGCAGACAGUCCUCACCAGUUCUGGACUGGAUAUUUCACAAGUCGACCUGCUUUGAAAGGUUACGUCAGAGAAAGCAACAAACUUCUGCAGGUUUGCAAACAAAUGGAAGCUUUGACUCAAGGUUUUUCUUCCUCUGGGAACAAACAAGCAAAAACAGGGACAGUUUCAUCGCAAAAACUAAGGGAAGCAAUGGGAGUAGCUCAACAUCAUGAUGCAGUAUCUGGAACGGAAAAACAACAUGUUGCCAAUGAUUAUGCCAAACGUCUUUAUAAAGGUCGUGAAGUUUGUAAAGCUGUGAUCAGUACUGCAGUGAUGGGAAAUCCAGAUGAUCUUCAUUUCUGUGAUUAUCUCAAUAUCACAUUGUGUGACUUCACUCAGAAAACAGACGAGUUCACAGUUGUUGUUUACAACCCUCUUGCGAGAAAUAUUCCAACAUAUGUGAGAUUACCAGUAUCUGAUGAUAGUGGAACCUUCACAGUGAAAGAUAAGUUGACGGGAAUGUAUGUUGGGAGCCAGAUUGUUCCUGUCACGCAACCGACACUUUUAGUCCGAAGGAACAAAGGAAAUGCAGACUCGGAGCUCGUGUUUAAAGCAGAUAAUAUCCCACCUCUCGGAUUCUCUGAAUUUUCUGUUAUAAAAUCCAACUUUUCUGAUGUUUAUAAGAAAACUAACAACAAAGGUUUUCAUAGAAGAGUUAGAGGUGGAGAUGUGACUAUCGCUAAUGAGUAUUUCAAAGUUGUAUUUGACGGAAGCAACGGCCAAAUGAAAACAAUCGCUAAUAUCGAAUCAGGAAUUACGCUUCCAGUCAUGCAGCAAAUGUUCUGGUAUAAUGCAAGCAUGGGAAACAACAUUUCUCUCCAGAAAUCUGGAGCUUAUGUUUUUCGACCAAAUUCAUCAACUCCUUUUCACUGCACUCAAGAUGGCAAGAUUGAACUAGAAGUGUUACAGGGCGACACUCCAUUGGUCCAAGAAGUUGUUCAAAAAUUCAGUGAUUGGGCAUGGCAGGUUGUUCGUUUAUAUUCCGGUAUGCGAUACAUUGAGGCUGAAUGGACGAUCGGACCAAUUCCUUUUGAUGAUGGAUAUGGGAAAGAAAUUAUUUCAAGAUUUUACUUUCCGCUGCAAACAAAUGGUGAAUUUUACACAGAUGCGAAUGGGAGAGAGAUAUUGAAACGAAAAAAGAAUUUCAGACCUACAUGGACUUUGAAUCAAUCUGAACCUGUAGCUGGAAAUUAUUAUCCAGUUAAUUCUCGUAUUUAUACCAAUGAUACCAAAACUCAGUUCACGAUACUAACAGACAGAUCCCAAGGAGGAAGCAGUUUGUUUAAUGGAACUUUGGAACUUAUGAUGCAUAGAAGACUUUUCGGUGAUGAUGCUAAAGGUGUUGGUGAACCAUUGAACGAAACUGGACAAUUUGAUGAUGGAUUAAUUGCUCGUGGCAAACAUUUCAUUCUUGUUGAUUCAUUGAGUGAUGCUGCAAAACACCAUCGCUUACUUGCUGAAGAAAUCUACAUGAGUCCGCUUGUUUCAUUUUAUGCUAAUGUGUCAACCAAUGACAGAAGAUCUUUCGAAAGCUUUCCUAAAUCGGCAUUGACAAAAAGUCUUCCAAAAAAUGUUCAUCUUUUGACAUUAUCAACUGAAACAAGUGAUGGGUCGGUUCUUAUCAGACUUGAACAUCAAUUCCAAAAAUCUGAUGAUCCAACGUAUUCACAGCCUGUCACUGUCUCAUUUAAAGAUCUUUUUGUUGGAUAUGAAGUAACAUCUCUUGAAGAAUUAGUUCUUGGUGCCAAUGCAUUAAAACAGGAUGUUGUCAGGCUUCUGUGGAGUGAAGCCGUGAAAAAUAAUCCAGUGCCAUCAGACAACAAGCUGCACUUUCAAGAACCUUUUGAUGUCACGUUGUCGCCUAUGCAAAUUCGUACUUUCAGGAUGAGAGUUACGCCAACUAAAUAAAUAAAUAUCAGGCUCCGGUGAAGGAUUUAAUACCGAUUGAAUUAUUUUUGCCUUUUGUUACAUAAUUUAGAUUCUGUCAAUAUGCCUUUGAGUUUAAGCAGUAUUUUUUUUUGUAUAUAUUUUCAAGUUCCAUCUUCUGAUUACAUCUCAUCCAAUCUAAGCUUAUCCGCAAGUGAGUGCAUUCUGAAAAUAUGAAGCCAUGAUUCGUAUUUCGACAGGAUAAAUUGUUAUGGACUUUUUUUUCGGCAUUCAAACAUUAAACUCUCUUUAUACAGAUAACAGUAAUUGUUUAGGGUCUGUUGCAUUUUGUACCACAUAUGUUGAUUAUUUGUUUGCAAAUUUUCUUUAAAAAUAGAAAAAACAGUCUUGUUCCAAAUGAUUGAAAUACUGUUUUGUUUGUAAGCUAUCGAAUUGUUCUGGACAUUUAUUUAUUCAUGUAACUCAUAAUGUAGAACUUUCAUAUUUUGAUUUCUGUGCAAUAACUAUUGUCUUAAAAUAUUUCUCAUGGUUAGACUGAUCUCAAUAAAAAUUUGUGCAAGCCA